UAACGUUAGCUAGCUAGCUUGCGAGCAAGCUUGCCAACCCGCUAAACGGUGUUACUUUAACUAUCUGAAGAAGUUUUUUCGCUUUUAACAGAUUCCCACGCUGUUGAUCUUGUCUUAACGUCAUAUGUUUUUGCAAGACUUCGUUAGCAAACGAAGCAUUUUGACCAGCCGAGUAAGAAGUCUCGUCGGGUACCGAUUAAUCCAGAAGAAAUAGGAUAGCCACGGCGCUGGAGUUCGCACAGUGCGAAGCGCACCAGUCUGAUUUCUGGGUGGAAGCCGCGACGUUGUUUUCAUUUUUUUCCCUACAAAUCACUUCGGUGAUUAAGUGUAGGAGUCGUGGGAAAGUCAAAAAGGAAGGACGUUUCACUGAAACGGGAAAAUAAAUGUGCAUGUUUUUUUAAACAUAUAUCUUGAGGAAUUCGUAGGAUGUGCCGAGUGGACGUUUUAAUGCAAUUGUUUUCCCGUGUUACGGAAAAGCGUGGGGUGGAAUAUUUUGCAGGACAUACAGUUUAUAAAUCGCAGCUACCAGUGAAUCCGUUAACGUCGGCAUAAGUUUGGGACAAAAUUGCUAAGGAUUCGGGGGAAGGAAUAUUAACAACACAACUGUAUUUCAAAGCCAAAAGGAACUCAGAAUAUAUGGAUGUGAGCCUUACUGUCUUCUAGGUGAAUAGAGGCUGGUAAUAUUCAGCACGAAUAUUAAAGUCUUUCAGCAGGACAUUUAAUCUAGCAAGCUUGAUGGCUAGCCUACUUGUGUAAGGCAGUGGUGCACCGGUGUGGGAUUUAUUUUUUCUCGACUGAAGGAGGAUUUUGUCAAGCAAACUUUAACAAAUGAAAGGGGAAGACAAUCCUAAAACUUAACGGAAAAAUGAAACGUUUCUUUUGCCUGAGUGUUGCCACAGCGCAAGAAGACGUUAUUCAAUGGUGAAUCUGUCCUUGCAGAGCGAUCGCUAGCAGUGCACUUGCGACUUAGCUAGCUGUAGCUAGCUGGCUACAAACAAACACGUUGGACCUUCAUUCCUCCCCUGUUUUUUGGACUCGGUUGACUUGUAGUGUCUUAUGAUUGUACAUUGCUUGCGUAAUAACGACUAACUAAAAGGAUUUUACUCGAAUCCUGGAUUUUAUAACUUGCCCUCCACGCACUUGGAUAUAACAUUGGGCUGGCUAGCUAGCUGGUUGCAACCAGGAGUCAGAAUGCGGCUGGAGACUUGUGCGGUGGUUUUGGUCACUUUUAUUUACUUUGUAGGCAAUUGCGGGCUAACCAAUGGAGAAAUUUGCCCGAGCAAGGACAUCCGCAACAACGUCACCAACAUGCGGACGCUGGAGAACUGCACGGUGAUCGAGGGCCACCUGAAGAUCCUGCUGAUGUUCAAGACCAAGCCGGAGGACUUCCGCGGCCUCAGCUUCCCUCGGCUGACGGUGGUCACCGACUACCUGCUGCUCUUCCGCGUGUACGGCCUGGAGAGCCUGCGUGACCUCUUCCCCAACCUCACGGUCAUCCGGGGGAACAACCUCUUCUUCAACUACGCCCUGGUGCUGUUCGAGAUGCUGCAGCUGAAGGACAUCGGCCUGCGCAGCCUGAUGAACAUCACCCGCGGCGCCGUGCGCAUCGAGAAGAACCCCGACCUCUGCUACCUGUCCACCCUCGACUGGUCCAAGAUCCUGGACUCGGUGGAGGACAACUACAUCGUCGCCAACAAGAACGACCGGGAGUGCGGCGACGUCUGCCCCGGGGCGGCCAAGGGCAAGUGCAGCUGCCUCCCCACCACCAUCAACGGCCACUUCAGCGAGAGGUGCUGGAGCCAGUACCACUGCCAGAGGAUGUGCCCGGCCACCUGCAAACACCGCGCCUGCAACAAGGAUAACCAGUGCUGCCACGAGCAGUGCCUGGGCGGCUGCGCGGCGCCGGACUCCCCGAGCGAGUGCGUGGCGUGCCGGCACUUCCUGCACCGCGGCUCCUGCGUGGAGCGCUGCCCGCCCGGCUACUACACCUUCAAGGGCUGGCGCUGCGUCACCUUCCAGUUCUGCCAGGACCUGCACCGGCAGUGCAAGCAGAGCAAGAGCAGCGACUGCAGCGAGUACGUCAUCCACAACGGCGCCUGCCUGCCCGAGUGCCCGUCCGGGUACACCACCAUGAACUCCACCACGUUGACCUGCACGCCCUGUUCCGGGCUCUGCCCCAAAGUGUGCAUGGGCGUGAAGACGGUGGACUCGGUGACGGCCGCCCAGGCCCUGCGAGGCUGCACCGUGCUGAACGGCAGCAUGAUCAUCAACAUCCGCGGAGGGAAUAACAUUGCGGCCGAGCUGGAGGCCAACCUGGGCCAGCUGGAGGAGGUCACGGGCUACCUGAUGAUCCGCCGUUCCUACGCCCUGGUGUCCCUGUCCUUCCUGCGCAAGCUCCGCCUCAUCCGGGGAGACACCCAGGAAGUCGGGAACUACUCGUUCUACGCCCUGGACAACCAGAACCUGCGGCAGCUGUGGGACUGGUCCAAGCACAACCUGACCAUCCUGCAGGGCCGCAUGUUCUUCCACUACAACUCCAAGCUCUGCAUCUCCGAGAUCCGCAAGAUGGAGGAGGUGACGGGGACCAAGGACCGCCAGACCAAGAACGACAUCGCCUCUAAGACCAACGGAGACCAGGCCUCCUGUGAGAACCAGGUGCUGAAGUUCAAGCAGAUCCGCACGCUGUCCGACAAGAUCAUCAUCAAAUGGGAGCCCUUCUGGCCCCCAGAUUUCAGAGACUUGCUGGGAUUCAUGGUCCUUUACAAAGAGGCGCCCUACAGAAACGUGACGGAGUACGACGGUCUGGACGCCUGCGGCUCCAACAGCUGGGUGAUUGCGGACGUGGACCCCCCGCCGAGGGCCACCGAGGGCAAGGAGCAGCAGGAGCCGGGCUACCUCAUCCACCCGCUCAAGCCCUGGACGCAGUACGCCAUCUUCGUCAAGACGCUGCUGUCCGCCUCCGACGAGCACGAGGUCCACGGCGCCAAGAGCGAGAUCAUCUACGUGCGCACCAACGCCACCAAGCCCUCCGUUCCCCUGGACCCCAUCUCCUCCUCCAACUCGUCCUCCCAGAUCAUCCUCAAGUGGAAGCCGCCCACCGACCCCAACGGCAACAUCACCCACUACCUGGUGUUCUGCCAACAGCAGCCCGAGGCCAGCGACCUCUACAAGUUCGACUACUGCCAGAAGGGCAUGAAGCUGCCGUCGCGGGCGCCCACGCACGUGGACAACGACGAGGAGAAGAAAUUGAACCAGACGGACGAACAGGGCCAGGGAUCCCGCUGCUGCUCCUGCCCCAAAACCGACAAGCAGCUGAAGAAGGAGGCCGAGGAGUCCGAGUACCGCAAGACCUUCGAGGACUACCUGCACAACGAGGUCUUCGAGAUCAGGCCCUCCAGGCGCCGGCGGUCGGCGGUGGGUGUGGCCAACGCGACGCAGCCCCGCCUCCACACCACACCUCCCGCCCUGCCCAACGCCUCGGCCACCGGUGGCCCCGAAGAGGAGGAGAACAAGAAGGUGCCCCUGUACGUCUAUUCCAAGGAGUGGACCGUCAUCUCCAACCUGCGCCACUUCACCAGCUACCAGAUCGAGGUCCACGCCUGCAACCACCUGACCGACCCAUCCCGCUGCAGCAUGGCCGCCUACGUCAGCGCCCGCACCAUGCCCGAGGACAAGGCUGAUGACAUUGUGGGUCAAAUCACCUACGAAGUGUCGGAGUACACAGUGCACAUCAAGUGGCAGGAGCCCAAAACUCCCAACGGCAUGAUCAUCCUGUACGAGGUCAACUACAAGAGACAGGGCGACCCAGAGGAGCUGCACCAGUGCGUGUCCAGAAAGAGCUACAGCGUCGACGGCGGCUGCAAGCUGAGAGUGGUGCAUCCUGGGAACUACACCGUGAGAAUCCGCGCCACGUCGCUCGCAGGGAACGGCUCCUGGACGGAGCCCACGUACUUCUUUGUGCAGGACCUCAGGGUGGACCCGUUCAGCGUGGUGAAGAUCGUCAUCGGGCCGGUGAUCUGCGUGAUCCUCCUGCUGGCGGUGGCCGCGGGGGCCUUCGUGGUGUUCAAGAAGAAGCAAACCCAGGGGCCCACCGGACCCAUCUUCGCCUCCUCGAACCCGGAGUAUCUCAGUGCCAACGAUGUUUAUGUGCCUGAUGAGUGGGAGGUGGCCCGGGAGAAGAUCAGCCUGCUCAGGGAGCUCGGCCAGGGCUCCUUCGGCAUGGUGUACGAGGGCAUCGCCAAGGACAUCGUCAAAGGCGAGCCCGAGACACGCGUUGCCGUGAAGACGGUCAAUGAGUCGGCCAGCCUGCGGGAGAGGAUCGAGUUCCUCAACGAGGCCUCCGUCAUGAAGGCCUUCAGCUGUCACCACGUGGUGCGUCUGCUGGGCGUGGUGUCUAAGGGCCAGCCCACGCUGGUGGUGAUGGAGCUGAUGACCCAUGGGGAUCUGAAGAGCUACCUGCGCUGCCUGCGGCCCGACGCAGAGAAUAACCCGGGCCGCCCCCCUCCCACCCUGAAGGAGAUGAUCCAAAUGGCCGCCGAGAUCGCUGACGGCAUGGCCUACCUCAACGCCAAGAAGUUCGUCCACAGGGACCUGGCGGCCAGGAACUGCAUGGUGGCCGAAGAUUUAACCGUGAAAAUCGGAGACUUCGGCAUGACCAGAGACAUCUACGAAACGGACUACUACCGCAAGGGCGGGAAGGGCCUGCUGCCGGUGCGGUGGAUGGCCCCCGAGUCUCUGAAGGACGGGGUCUUCACCGCGCACUCGGACUGCUGGUCCUUCGGGGUGGUGCUGUGGGAGAUUAGCACCCUGGCAGAGCAGCCCUACCAGGGGCUGUCCAAUGAGCAGGUCCUGAAAUUCGUCAUGGACGGAGGAUACCUGGAUCGGCCAGACAACUGCGCAGACCGACUCCACAACCUGAUGCAGAUGUGCUGGCAGUACAACCCCAAGAUGCGCCCCACCUUCCAGGAGGUGAUCGAGAUGCUGAAGGACGACCUGCACCCUACUUUCCAGGAGGUCUCCUUCUUCUACAGCGAGGAGAACAAGCCCCCCGAGAGCGAGGAGCUGGACAUGGACCUGGACAACAUGGAGAGCAUCCCGCUGGACCCCUCGUCCUACUCGCACCACGAGGAGAGCCCCGGCAGAGACAGUGUGCCCUCUGUUGGCCUGCGGGGGAACUACGAGGAACACGUGCCCUACACGCACAUGAACGGGGGCAAGAAAAACGGGCGAAUCUUAACCUUACCGCGAUCCAGCCCUUCCUAACGUUUCCCGUUUUUGAUCCUUUCUUUUUUUUUUUUUUUGUUUUGUUUUUAUAAAUAUUAAUUUGAUUUGUAUCAUUCUGACAGAGGCCCUUUGGAAAAAAAAACAAAAAAAAACAGCAGAUCUCAGGACUUUAUUUUCCUCACUCUUAUCUGCCACAGGAGCGUGUGGGGAUGCAGGAGGAAGAUGCACAAACCGUUUUUUGUAUUAAGAAAAAUUUUGAUCAUCACGCGGACGGAUCGUCUCCUGCUUCUCCAGCGCCUCUGUUUAAUGUUAGCUACCGUCAUGUUUCCAGAUCCGGUCGAUGGAAUAAACUGUGAAACGAACCUCCGACAACCAGAUGGCUGCUUAACCCCCUCCAGACUGUUCACCUCUGCUCUCAUUAAACGGGGUUUCCCUGGUUUCCUCAAAGUGGCCUUUCUCUAAACUGUGGCCUGUGUACAAAAGAGGAGGUGUCGGCGAAUCCUCAGAAUCAUAUCUUGUAACCAUAACAAAAAAAAAACUGUUUGGAACUGUGGGAUGGCAGGAAGACGGCCUCCCUUUCAUAGAACAAACUUUUGUCUUUUCGUAGACGAAACAUUUGCUUUCGUUUCCAGUCUGAUUGUUUUCCCUCCUCGUUCUGCAGUAUUCCAAACCUCUCACGGAUUCAGUAGGUGUUCGGUCCUUAGCUUUAAUUUAUUUAUGUUUGCUUUCCUUUUCCUUCCUGUCAGAUUUAUCUAUGUUCUUGUGUCAUGGCUGAAGGAUAUUUAAACCAUUUUCUAAGACUUAUUUGGACAAAAAAAUGUUCCUCAGAUUUGACCAA